CAGGGCCAGGUGACCUUUGAGGACGUGGCCGUGCAUUUCAAAGAGGAGGAGUGGGCUCUGCUGGAUUGCGGCCAAAAGACUCUGCACAGGGAAGUCAUGGAAGAGAAUGGCUGGAAUGUGGCCUCUCUGGGGAGAAGAUCCACAGUGUGGAUCUUGGAAGGGACUGUUUUGGAGGCUGCUUUGGAACAGAUUAAAGAUGGAAAAGGGAGACAUGGCUGGCUAUAAAGCAGGAAAAGGCCCUGAGGCCAACCAGGUUGAGAACACUGGGGAAUUCUGGGAAAAUACUGAGCAGCAGAUCCAGGAAGAGGACACCAGCAGCUCAGAUUCACAGUGCCAGCGUUUCAGGCAGUUCUGCUACCAGGAGACUGAGGGGCCCCGAGAGGUUUGCAGCCAACUCCACCACCUUUGCCGUCAGUGGCUGAAGCCAGAAAAGCACACAAAGAUGCAGAUCCUGGACCUGGUGAUCCUGGAGCAGUUCCUGGCCAUCCUGCCUCCGGAGAUGGAGAGCUGGGUGAGAGAAUGCGGAGCGGAGACCAGUUCGCAGGCGGUGGCCCUGGCAGAAGGUUUCCUCCUGAGCCAGGCAGAGGAGAAGAAGCAGGGAGAGCAGCAGAGGCAAGGACUGUUGUCAGGAGCUGUUCCCAAUUUCCGUGAGGGAGAGUGUUCCUCCUGUGUUCCUCCAUCGGACACUGGGCAGAGGCCGUUAUCCAGUGGGAUCUCGCAGGAGGUUGGCAGAGAUGCCACCGUGCUUGGUGUUGGAAUGACAUUGCCGCUGCAUUCUCAGCUAUCUCUUCUUCCUGGUGGAGUGGAAGGCGCUUCAGGACGACAAGAUCAGGGUCACGUGACCUUUGCAGACGUGGCUGUGCAUUUCACAGAGGAGGAGUGGGCUCUUCUGGAUGCUGACCAAAGGGCUCUGCACAGGGAAGUCAUGGAGGAGAAUGGCAGGCAUGUGGCCUCCCUGGCAGGUGACAGUUGGGGGAGGAAGAAUAGGGAAAAACCCAGCAGAGGAUUCUUGGAUGGUGCCAGAUGGAAAAAGAGGGAACAGGGAAGUGAAAUGGAAGCAAAAUGGAAGAACAGGACUGGAUUAUCUGAGUCUCACCAUGUUGAUGUCCAUAAAAAAGAAGUGCAGAAAGCAAUGCAGAAAGAAAUACAAGCAAACCUGUGUCCUCUGAGUAAGGAAUGCCUCAGUUCUAAAGCAAGCUUUAAUCUUCCGUGGAAAAUGCACAUAGGGAAGAAACAAUGUAAAUGCUUGGAGUGUGGAAAGAGCUUCAACAAGAAGCGAAAUCUUACUUUGCAUCAUAGGACCCACUCAGGAGAGAAACCAUAUUCCUGCUUGGAGUGUGGAAAGAGCUUCCAGUGGAAGGGAAAUCUUACUUUACAUCACAGAACCCACACAGGAGAGAAACCAUAUAGCUGCUUGGAGUGUGGAAAGAGCUUCAGUGAGAAUGGAAAACUUACAGUGCAUCAAAGAACCCACACAGGUGAGAAACCAUAUUCCUGCUUGGAGUGUGGAAAGAGCUUCCAGUGGAAGGGAAAUCUUACUUUACAUCACAGAACCCACACAGGAGAGAAACCAUAUAGCUGCUUGGAGUGUGGAAAGAGCUUCAGUGAGAAUGGAAAACUUACAGUGCAUCAAAGAACCCACACAGGUGAGAAACCAUAUAAAUGCUUGGAGUGUGGAAAGAGCUUCAGCCAGAAGGGAAAUCUUACUUUACAUCAUAGAACCCACACAGGAGAGAAACCAUAUACAUGUUUGGAGUGUGGAAAGAGCUUCAGAGAGAGUGGAAUGCUUACUAGGCAUCAAAGGAUCCACACAGGAGAGAAACCAUAUAAAUGUUUGGAGUGUGGAAAGAGCUUCCGGCAGAAGGGAAAUCUUACUUUACAUCAUAGAACCCACACAGGAGAGAAACCACAUAAAUGCUUGGAAUUGGAAUUUGGAAAGAGCUUCAGCCAGAAGGGAGCUCUUUCUUUACAUCGUAUAAUACAUUCUAGGGAGAAACCAUAUAAAUGCUUGGAGUGUGGAAAGAGCUUCAGCCAGAAGGGAAAUCUUACUUUACAUCAUAGAACCCACACAGGAGAGAAACCAUAUACAUGCCUGGAGUGUGGAAAGAGCUUCAGCGACAAUGGAAAUCUUACUGUGCAUCAAAGAACUCACACAGGAGAGAAACCAUAUAAAUGCUUGGAGUGUGGAAAGAGUUUCAGUCAGAAUGGAAUACUUUCUAGGCAUCAAAGGACCCACACAGGAGAGAAACCAUAUAAAUGCUUGGAGUGUGGAAAGAGCUUCAGGCAGAAGGGAAAUCUUACUGUGCACCAAAGAAACCACACAGGAGGGGAACCAUAUAAAUGCUUGGAGUGUGGAAAGAGCUUCCGGUGGAAGGGAAAUCUUACUUUACAUCACAGAACCCACACAGGAGAGAAACCAUAUAGCUGCUUGGAGUGUGGAAAGAGCUUCAGUCAGAAGAAAAAUCUUACAUUACAUCAUCAAAGAAUGCACAAAGGAGAGAAAGCAUAUGAAUGCUUGGAGUGUGGAAAGUGCUUCAGCAGUAAGGGAAAUCUUAAUGUACAUCAAAGAAUCCACACAGGAGAGAACCCAUAUAAAUGCUUGGAGUGUGGAAAGAGCUUCAGGCAGAAGGGAAUGCUUACUAGGCAUCAAACAAUCCACACAGGAGAGAAACCAUAUAAAUGCUUGGAGUGUGGAAAUAGCUUCAGGCAGAAGGGAAGACUUAUUGUGCAUCAAAGAAUCCACACAGGAGAGAAACCAUAUAAAUGCUUGGAGUGUGGAAAGAGCUUCACUGAGAAUGGAAUGCUUACUAGGCAUCAAAGAAGCCACACAGGAGAGAAACCAUAUAAAUGCUUGGAGUGUGGAAAGAGCUUCAGUCAGAAGGGAAGUCUUACUGUGCAUCAAAGAACCCACACAGGGGAGAACCCAUAUAAAUGCUUGGAGUGUGGAAGCAGCUUCAGGUGGAGGGAAAUGCUUACUAUGCAUCAAAAAAACCACACAGGAGAGAACCCAUAUAAAUGCUUGGAGUGUGGAAAGAGCUUCAGUAAGAAUGGAAAGCUUACUGUGCAUCAAAGAACCCACACAGGGGAGAAACCAUAUAAAUGUCUGGUGUGUGGAAAGAGCUUCAGCACAAAUGGAACACUUACUAGACAUAAAAGAACCCACACAGGAGAGAAACCAUAUAAAUGCUUGGAGUGUGGAAGCAGCUUCAGGUGGAAGGAAAUACUUAUUAGUCAUCAAAGAACUCACACAGGAGAGAACCCAUAUAAAUACUUAGAGUGUAAAAGGAGCUUCAGCAAGAAUGGAAUCCUCACUAUGCACCCAAGAACCCAGACUGGAGAGAAACCAUAUGCAUGUUUGGAGUGUGGAAAGAGCUUCAGACAGAAGGGAAAUCUUAUUCUGCAUCAAAGAAACCACACAGGAGAAAAACCAUAUAAAUGCUUGGAGUGUGGAAAGAGCUUCAGCUGGAAGGGAAAUCUUAUUGUGCAUCAAAGAAUCCACACAGGAGAGAAACCAUAUAAAUGCUUGGAGUGUGGAAAGAGCUUCAGGCAGAAGGCAAUUCUUACUAGGCAUCAAAGAACCCACACAGGAGAGAAACCAUAUAAAUGUUUGGAGUGUGAAAAGAGCUUCAGACGGAAGGGAAGUCUUAUUGUGCAUCAAAGAAGCCACACAGGAGAGAAACCAUAUAAAUGCUUGAAGUGUGGAAAGAGCUUCAGUGAGAAUGGAAUGCUUACUAGGCAUCAAAGAACCCAUACAGGAGAGAAACCAUAUAAGUGCUUGGAGUGUGGAAAGAGCUUCGCGCGGAAGGAAAAUCUUAUUAUGCAUCAAAGAACCCACGCAGAAGAGAAAACAUAUAACUGCUUGGAGUAUGUCACAGGACUGCUUUUUAAAGGACGAAAAAAUAUUAGAGUUUCUACGUAAACCUAGCAUUUGAGAAUAUGGUAAAGCGUCGAUGCUCAAUUCAAAUUGCGCAGGUGUGCUGGAGUGCCUCGCUUUUCUCAAGGGCUGCUGGGCUGGAUGGUCAGGCUCAGCUGCCACUCCCGUUCCACCUGACCCUAUCACGGGGUGUGUGUGUGUGCUCAGCUCAGCCACCGCCGCCACCAGUUGCGCACAUGGCGGCUAGAAUUAUUUUAAAGAUCAGCGGUUCAGCCUUGUGGCGGUGGCAGGACCACCGUGUGGCAGCAGCCUCAUGGCAGUUACAGCGAGCCUUGUGGCAGGAGCCCAACAUUACUCAGCUAUAUGCAGUAGGUUAGUAAAAUGCUCUUUGGGGAACUUCACAGAAAUAGUCUUUUGAAUAAUUAUUUGAAAUCAAGGAAGGAAAGAAGGAAAUAGCUACACACACUCCUAUACUCCUGCUGUAUGCACAUCACCAUCGAUACUUCUCAGUACUAUGCAUUGUUUACAUGUUAUAUGAUAAAAUUGAUGACAAUCUAAGUGGCAACACUCUAGAAAUUUGGUCUCUAGUAAAAAUGGAGCCACCAAGGUAGGCAAAGGGUAAAUUUAACCUUUGUAGAAAACCUGGGAUGAAAAGAUGCUCUUGGUUUUCUUCAGAAAGAAAAGUGAAAUGAGAUCUCGCCACCAAUCUUGUUCAUGUUUAAAUUGUUGAUUUAUCUGUUUGACUGGGAAUGGUGGGGUUAAUAAAAGUUAGUACACUAUUAAACUAUUUAUUAGUACACUAUUAAACUAUUUAUUUUAUUAGUUAAUAAAAUCAGUAUCUGCUAGCUUGACUUUCGCCUACAAGAAAUUACACAAGCCUUCCCUGAAUGGGAUAAUGAAUACAUUUAUGAUAAUGCACAAUGGUGGACGCUUUAAAAAUUCUCUCUCUUACAUUUACUCUUGGUGAAAGUAAAUGUUCAUUUGCCAAAGCCAGCUGAUUCUAUUAUUUAUGUUCAAAACUGGUUAUUUAAAUGAACAAUGCAGGGGAAAUUGAUGUUAUACAUAUGUGUCAUUUUUAUUCUAUAAUAUACCUACCUCACUGUAUUUUGAAGGGAAAAACUCUAAUAAAGUUUUGGUGGUUUGUUUGUUUUUUAAAUUAAAUGUUGCAUCUUGCUGACAGGAA